AUGGAAAAUCAGGGGCAGGAAUGUGCUGGGAUUGUCACAAGUAAUGGAGCCAGUCCACCCACAUACACAACACACAAGGGAAUGGGAUUAGUGAGCACGGCUUUUCCACCCGAGGCUCUCACCAAACUGCGCUAUGGUAACCUCUGCAUUUGCCACACACGCUAUUCAACUACUGGGAUCUCAGAGCUGCAGAACUGCCAGCCCUUUGUGGUGGAUACACUGCAUGGCAAGAUAGCUGUAGCGCACAAUGGAGAGCUGGUUAAUGCCCAUGCCCUGCGGAAAAAGGUGAGGAGGGGGCUCUGCUUGUAUUACAGGGAGGUCUUGCCAGGAGAGAUAGUCCAGAUAUCCAGACAUGGUGUCACGUCUCUGAGUGUUGUGCCCCGGCCUGAGGGAGGCCUCCCAGCCUUCUGCAUUUUUGAAUAUGUUUAUUUUGCCAGACCGGACUCUAUUUUCGAAGGGCAGAUGGUUUAUACUGUCAGACAGCGCUGUGGGUGGCAGUUGGCCGCCGAGUCUCCGACUGAUGCAGACGUUGUCAGCACUGUGCCAGAGUCUGCCACCCCUGCUGCUCUGGGCUACGCUCAGCAGUCUGGUCUUCCAUACGUUGAAGUUCUGUGUAAGAACCGAUAUGUUGGAAGAACCUUUAUCCAGCCAAAUACCCGCUUGAGGCAGAUAGGAGUGACCAAGAAGUUUGGAGCACUGAUGGACAACUUUGAUGGGAAACGAGUGGUGCUCAUUGAUGACUCCAUCGCCAGAGGCAACACAAUUUCUCCCAUUAUUAAACUGCUGAAGGAAGCAGGUGCCAAAGAGGUGCACAUCAGGGUGGCUUCUCCACCAGUCAGGUUCCCCUGCUACAUGGGCAUCAACAUCCCAACCAAGGAGGAGCUCAUCGCCAACAAGCCGGAGUUUGAGGACAUUGCUGGUUAUAUUGGUGCUGACAGUGUCAGAUAUCUGACUGUGGAGGGCCUCGUAUCUGCAGUCCAGGAGGGCAUCGCUUUGCAUAAUGAAAAGGACAAAAUAAACCACAAGCUCAACAGGAAAGUGGGCCACUGCACUGCCUGUCUGACUGGGAAAUAUCCAGUGGAGCUGGAGUGGUAA